AGGCUCACAGCCCUGUGUCCAGAAUUAUCAGCUGUUGGCCUGUAAGCUUAUCGUAAAAGACGGGAGACCCAUUCCAGCUGUACCACCCUACACGUCACACCUAAUAAUACACACUGACAACAGGCAGAGAGGGAAGGGGGUCUGACUGACUCACUGGGUCUGGUAAAGGACUAUAUAUAUUGUCAGGCUUGCUGGGAGACAAAGACACACUAGAAAACAACCAGCCGAUCUAUCACACUGGAAAGAGGUGUCUGUGGAAUCAAUACACCAACUUCAAUCACCAUGUCACAGCCAGCAGAAGUGAAGAAGAAGAAGCGUCCCCCGAUGAAGGAGGAGGACCUGAAAGGAGCCCGCAGUAAGCUGGGACUGAAGGGCGAGGUCAAGAGUAAGACCUAUGAGGUCAUGGUGGAGUGUGAACGUAUGGGCAAAGUGGCUCCGUCUGUGUUCAGCGGUGUGAGGACGGGGACAGAGACGGCCCUGGGCAAGCCUGCUGCUGCCAAAGCUCCAGGAGCCAGUGUGUUCAGCAAGUAGACAGAGGCAUAAAAGGACAUGACAAAGGCACUGAAGAAACCCACUGCAGUCUUUUUGUUUCUGAGUCAGUGGUGAUGCUGCAUAAUAUGGAUUGCAAUAUCUUUUUUUUUGCAUUUUUUGUUAAUGAAAUGGGAUUUAAUUUAGAGAGAUAAAAGGACUAGUGUAUGCCAGUAGAGUGUGUUGACAUUACUGCUAUGUGGGCUAAGCAAUUUGUACUUUACAAUUUGCACAGUGCAUCAUAGUUGGAAAACAACUUGGCUUUGUGGCUGAUGAUCUGUAAAUGAAUUGUGACAUUUAUUUGUCAGUGUUGAAAGAGAUUGUUGAAACAUUUGCUUAUUUGAUCUUUAUCUUUUAACUGACCAUUUUUACUAAAUAAAUAAUUUCCCCUUGUA